UUUAUGCUCUGCCCCACAUUGCAUUUUGCAAUUCUUCCCUCCAUCGCUCGCUCACCCGUCGCUGCGUAAAAGGCGUUGCGCGCUGCUCAGAAAUGUAGCUCUGUUGUGCGCAAAGCGGUCUCCAAAAUGGACCUAAAAUCCGAACUCCUCAAAUCUAUCUGGUACGCUUUCACAUCGCUGGACGUGGAGCAGUGCGGAAAAGUGUCCAAGUCGCAGUUAAAGGUGCUUUCUCACAACCUGUACACGGUGCUGAACAUCCCACAUGAUCCCGUGGCCCUGGAGGAGCACUUCCAGGACGAUGAUGAUGGGCCGGUGUCCAAUCAUGGCUACAUGCCCUAUCUCAACAAAUAUAUACUGGAUAAGGUGAAAGAGGGGAUGUUUGACAAAGAGAAGUUUGACGACCUGUGCUGGAUGAUGACCAUGAAGAAGAACUUCAAGCAGGUGCAGCAGGGAGCGCUGCUAUCAGAAAAAAACUGUUUCAAGCUCUUCUGUUUGUUCAACCUCCUGUCUGAGGACCGCUAUCCACUGGUGAUGAUCGCAGAAGAGGUGGAGUAUCUCCUCAAGAAAGUCUCCACAGCGAUGAACCAAGAGUGGGAUGGAAAGUCCAUUGAGGACUUAAAAUCCCAGGAUCCCUCCGUGCAGGAAGAUGGGUUAUCUGUGUGGACUUUCCUGGAGCUCAUGAGCUCAGGCCGACUGCUGAGGGUCACCAGUUCUGAGGCUUUCAGCCUGGCUUUGGAUGAGGUGUUUCUGGAGAUGUAUCACAAUGUCUUAAAGAGGGGUUACAUGUGGAAGAAGGGACACAUGCGUAGGAACUGGACUGAGCGCUGGUUUGUGCUGAAGCCCUCCACCAUGACUUAUUAUGUCAGCGAGGACUUAAAAGACAAAAGAGGGGAGAUCCAGCUGGAUAAGAGCUGCGUCAUAGAGCCUAUUCCAGACAAGGAGGGAAAGCGCUGUCUGUUCUGUGUGAAAACCCACAACAAAACCUAUGAGAUGAGUGCGUCUGACCAGAGGCAGAAGGUGGAGUGGACUCAAGCCAUCCAAACAGCCUUUCGUCUCCUCAGUGAGGGCAAGUCAUCUUUUCACCAUGAACUCAAACUAAAAAGACGGGUCCAGCGGGAACGCAUCCACCGGGAGCGCAGCCAGAGCUCCUGCAGCUCCCGCAGCAGCCAGAGCAGCCAAUCGGAUGACUUGAACACCCAAGAGAUGGAGAGGAUGGAAAAGAUGGAGAAAGACAAGCAGGAUUUAGAGAUUGAAAGCAUCAUUCAGCACGCCCGGGAACUGGAAAUUCGCCGAAGGGAGGCAGAGGAGAGGGAGAGGAGGAAACAGAAGGAGGUGCAGAUGGAGCUAGAGAGACAGCUUAAAGAGGCUGAGAUGUUGAGAGAGAGCAUGAAGGCCGAGAUGCAGGAGAAGGAAAAGAAAGCUGAGCAGCAGAAGAUCAGGAUCCAUGAGCUGGAGCAGACACAGCAGAAGCUGGAGGCUGCUCUCAAUAUGGAGAUCCAGGCUCGGCUGGAGGAGGAAAGGGCCAGACAGGAGCUGGAGAGGUUGCUGGAAGCUGAAGAGGAGAAGAGAAAGCAGUUUCAGCUCCUCCAGGAGCAGCAGAGGGUCCUGCAGAGAGUCAGUCCUCCACAGGAAUCCUCCGAUGGCAGCACAGAUGAGGAAACUCCUUCAGCCCUCCACUCAGCCUCCCAGGAGCUGCAGCAUUUGCAGGCGUCGCGCCAGAGGAGCCAUCAGCACCUUGAGGAGGUGCAGGAGAGACUUAGGAAUGCCACUCAUUCCGUACGGCACUGGAACAUCCAGCUGAACCGCCUGAUGACACCCAUUAAUCCUGGAGAGCGUUUAGAAGGUCGUUUUGUGUCAAAAAACAUGUGUCCAAAAAAGGAGGGAGCUUUGGCCAGCAACGAAUUCAUCUCCAGAUUUAAGAUAAAAGUCGAUGAGAAGAUAGGAAGAGGCGAACAUGAGAGACUGGGCAAGCAGAUGGAGGCCACCCACCUGUCAGAUAACUCAGACGAAUAUGAGGAAAAACCCAAUGGACAGAUGUGAUCACCAUGACGAUAGCUAGCUAUAUAUAGAGACAAAAGAAAUUAUUUGUUUAUGUAAGACUGAUAAUAAAAGAGGUAAGAAUAAUAUUAAUAUGACAUAAAACAUUCAUCAUAUUUAUAUUUUGAGCUGCACGUUGGAAAGAGAUGAUAAGAAGUGUUGGGCAAUUUAAUAAAAACACAUCUAAGAUUCACUGAGAUUUACAAUUUUGUUAAUAAAGUUUACUAGUUUAAAGCUCU